AUGGGAAACGAAGGGGGCCGGGUUUAUGGCCUUCCCCAAUCUGCCCUUGAAAUUGAUAAGUCUAUGGCCCGUAUUGUGGCCCGUAUUGCGAAGUUGACUUACGAUACGACGAAAGAGACGCAUCGUGUGGGAAGCUCUGGAACUACCAGGUGA